AUGCUAAUCCUUGGUUGGAUCUGGGUGAAAUUCUCAUCAAAGAGGGAUUCAGUCUGAGCUGGAUUGUUUUGGCUGCCGGUACGGAUCCACCAGUGGCACGACAUCAACAAAGACUGCGAAGCCGCAAUUAGAGGCUACGGUCGGAGUCUGACGGAUCGUGGACGGCUCCGCCCUCCGGCAGCUCACAACAUGAUGUGUGUGCCCUCCGCGUGGCUGCUCGCCGUCGGUCUCGCUGUCGUCGUCGCCCAGGACGCCGCCCCCAAGGACUGCCAAUCUGUGAGCUUUUCCUUUGGAUCUCGAACCCUUUCCCUAGCAUAAUAAUCGUAUGAAACAGGUCUGCUAAAAACUUCAGAGUCAGAAUUUGAAGAACCGAGUCGUCUCUCAAGACGUCUUUGUAAUAAUGAAACUCGCUUGAAUUUGUUUGUGUUCGGUAGCCAAGCUGUACAGAACACAAUCCACUUUCCAAGCCUGCGCUCAUUUUUAAUUUUAAUUCUAGAAUUAACACUAUUUUCGUAACUGGAUUUUUCGGCAGGAAGCUGGAAGUGACAACAACGUUUAGCAAUUUUUCAGUUCAACAGAGGAGUCUCUUUUAACAAACUUAAAUCAAACAAGAUUCGAAAAUUUUUUCGAUUCCUCAAACCUUUUACAUUCGAAAACUUUUUCUAGAUGGAAACAGCGAACAAGUUUUGAAAAAAUGCGACAUCCAAAUGGAUAGGAAUUUUGAACUUGGAAACGAAGUUUAUCUGAUUGCAUUUUGUUGAAAAAGAAGAAGGGAAACGUCGAGAAAGAGAAAGAACAACGGAUAACUACGUUUCGGGUCAAUUAGUCCACAACUCGAAACGUUAAGUCUUCCCAGUUUCAGAAAUAAGAUGCAACCCUGCAAGCUGGAAUUCUUUCCUGGAACUUGAAAUUAUUCACAGCAUUCAAAAAGGAAAAGGGAGCUUUUCGGCCAUAUGUUGCACGCGGAAGAACGUUUUCGUGCUUCCUUUCAGAAUUUAUGACCUCCACGAUUAAUUGAUAUCAGCUUCCAAUCUUGCAGAGAUGUUCCCAACACUUCGGAAAAACAAAAAGUCAUAAGACAGCUUCGGGGAGAUCGAAAUGAUUGAAAAGGGUACAUAGCGCUUCCUUCGCAAAAAAGGCAGUCGUUUUCUGUUAAUUUGGUAUCCCCGCGUGCCUUGACGGGAGACCUUCCUUUCGAAUAAGAGCUAAUCAACAAUCAAGAUGUUUUUGAAGAUUCUGGCAAACGACGGCGACCAGCAGGACAUCCUUCUGUGCCAGCUGAGCGAGAGCAGCACUCUCCUCGCGCAGCUGGGAGCCCUCGUCUCCGAGGGGAUGGAGCGACUCAUCCAGAACCGCGGUAAAUUCAGAGAACGCGAGUCUUGCUCGGACGCUUAUGAAUAAUAUUUCUCACAAAAGAGAUGAGCUUGGUAUCGCAAUAUACUGUUUAGAAAGUGGGUCUGUGGACGAGGAACCCUUCGGUGUGAAAUACGUCUGCUUGCUAAUGGAUUCAUUAGCAAAAGACUGGAAAACACCUAUUUAUUCUGCAAAGAACUUCUUCUUCUUUUUCGAGUGUUGGCGCCUUUGAAGCCAAAUGGAUAUGGUGGCAAUAGUCCGUAAAUACUUGAAACUGGCUUUAAACUGCUUUGCAAGUCAAUCCGUGGCUUCGGCUCUCCGAAUAUCGGAUAUCAAGCUGCUCAUUAAAUGAUACCGGUAUGAUAGAUUCGCACAGUUCUCAACUCGAAAAACCGCUUCUCAGAGCCAUCAUAAUUAUUAAGCAUUGCUGUCUCUGAAGGGCGGAUCCAGCCAAUCAAAAACGUGAUUCGCGCUUGAGAAGGCUUACGUGAAUUAUCUAUAACAACACGCUUUUUUCAGAUCAAUUUCUUGCUCUGUCAAAUGAGAUGGAACAAUGAUACACUGCUCCAACAUAUCAUUUUGCCCCCCAGGAUAACAUUUAUAUUUCGCCGCCUCACUGAAUUUCAGGAGGGGAGCGGGAAACGGAAUUGACGCUUCGGAUAUGGACAAGGAAUUCAUUAUUUGAGAAAGAAACCAAUGCCGUGUUCAAAGUAAUUUCGCGAAAUGCAAAAUGAUCUCUGACUCUCCAAAAUUUAGUUAUAUUUUUCUUUCUCUGACGGCUAUUUUGCAUUUCGCGAAAUUACUUUGAACACGGCACAAAGUUGAGAAAUACCAUUUUCUAUUUUUCAACAAUCGAAAGGUUCCAUGUACGCAGUAAGUCAUUCGACUCAAAGUUUUCGAAUCCUUCCGCCUGAAAAUUUUUCUGAAAGACUCAAAGGUAGCUUUUCUGGAUAUCAAGCAACACUAUUUCUGCAACAAAAAAAAAGAAAUAUUUUUACAGAUUGCAACUUUCAACGUCUUCAUGUAAUUUGUGAAAACAGGGCUUCAUACUAUUUCUAUAUGACUCAUGAGAUCAUUAUAUAAAUAAAUGUUCAGCUCCCAAAAACUAGAAUUCUUCUCCUUUUACUGAAAAUUUUCACCAGGGAUCGCGCUUCCUGAAGAACCAGCCGCCAUUGACGGCUCCGAAAAUGGAAUGGAGAAACGAAAACACGAAUAUCUGCGGUUUGGCAAGAGAAAGCACGAGUACCUGCGGUUCGGCAAGAGGAAGCACGAGUAUUUGCGGUAAGCGCGAGUCUUGGGCGACGGUCAUCGACAGUUUCAGGUUCGGCAAGAGGAAGCACGAGUACCUGCGUUUUGGGCGGAAGUGA